AUGGCUUCAAAGGUCUCAUGCUUAUACAUUUUGACAGUAGUUUGUUGGGCAAGCGCUCUUUGGUACUUAAGUAUAACUCGUCCUACGGCUUCCUACACUAGUCACAGGCAGUUCAGUAGCGUAUCCAUAGCCAGAAAAAAUGUUUCCUUUGGCAAUAUAAGAACUCGACCUAUAAAUCCACAUUCCUUUGACUUUCUCAUCAAUGAACCAAAUAAAUGUGAGAAGAGCAUCCCUUUCUUGGUCAUUCUUAUCAGCACAACUCACAAAGAGUUUGAUGCAAGGCAAGCCAUUCGAGAAACAUGGGGAGAUGAAAACAACUUUAAAGGAAUUAAAAUCGCCACGUUAUUUCUUCUCGGAAAAAAUACAGAUCCUGUGUUAAAUCAAAUGGUAGAGCAAGAAAGCCAAAUUUUUCAUGACAUUAUUGUUGAGGAUUUUAUUGACUCUUAUCAUAACCUCACUCUGAAAACGUUGAUGGGAAUGAGGUGGGUAGCAACGUUUUGUUCAAAAGCAAAGUACGUUAUGAAGACAGACAGUGAUAUUUUUGUAAAUAUGGAUAAUCUUAUUUAUAAGCUGCUCAAACCUAACACAAAGCCAAGAAGAAGGUACUUCACCGGUUACGUUAUAAAUGGAGGACCAAUAAGAGAUGUUCGCAGUAAGUGGUACAUGCCGAGAGAUUUGUAUCCUGACAGCAAUUACCCACCCUUCUGUUCAGGCACUGGCUACAUUUUUUCAGCUGAUGUAGCAGAACUGAUUUACAAAACCUCCCUUCAUACCAGACUUCUUCAUCUUGAAGAUGUGUACGUUGGACUCUGUCUUCGGAAGCUAGGCAUUCACCCGUUCCAGAACAGUGGCUUCAAUCACUGGAAAAUGGCCUACAGCUUGUGCAGGUACCGCAGGGUGAUCACAGUGCACCAGAUAACACCAGAAGAAAUGCACAGAAUUUGGAAUGACAUGUCGAGCAAGAAACAUCUUAGAUGUUAAGAUUUUUACAGAUGUAAAUACCUCUUUUUUUAAAAAAAAAAUUUGGUUUAGUCUGGUUAUUUUUUGAAAAAGUGAUCUGCUGAUUUACAGGUUAAACUGUGGGAUAUUAACUGUGAGGAUUUUUAAUGACUGAUUUUUCAUUCUUAUUUUGACUACUGGUUUAUAGACUUCAGGCUCUUUUCAUAAGGACAUUAUACCAACUGAAAGGAUCUAGAGUCAAAUCUCAGAUUUUGUGUAUUAACAUCUCUCACACAU